AUGACUGUGGUAACUUUUGACUACGUCGUUACUGCAGGACAUGGCCCCGAGAGCUCGAACUGUGACGAGAUGGACGACACACCGAAUUCGACAAAAUCCCAGGCGGCCGAGAUUGUGGGCGCAGGCACGGUUCUCAGCGGGAAUAUCUCGGGUCCCGCUCUAUCUGGGUGUCCUACGAUGAUGGCGAUCGUCCUUGUUUCACAUUCAGACGCUAGCCGUCUUGGUGCGCAGUGCUCCUGGUCUGUCCGUCCAGCUCGUCGGUCGUGGGGCAUGCCAGCUAAAGGGGACUACCGUGGUUCGGCUGUGAAGACCACACUCCCGUGGACGUCGACGGAAGACCGAGCGUCGGUGACCUGGAUAUUAACAGAGGUGACCAGUCGUUCGAUCAGGUCAUUUGAGUCCUCGGCUAUGUCACUCAAUAAUAUUGCGUGA